UGGCGACUUUUGAAAGAUUUCUUGUGAAAUUUCGGAUAAGGCCGGAACAACACUUGCAAACAUAGUCCCGAAGCAAUCUUGUGGGUGACGAUUAAGCUCCCGUAAGAAGGCAUCUUCGUGAGCAACUCGUGAAUGAAGACAGGCCCAUCGACUCCCGAACAAUCUUUACCCUUGCCAGAUAUCCUGUUCUAAUUCCGGCAAAGGUCUCUGACAUACACAAUCCACGAUCUAGCUGAGACACCAAGUGCCAACCAUGUCUCUCGCCCCCAGCAAGAAGCAACAAACGCCAGAGGUCAUACCGCGCCAGACGAUUAGAGGUCAUACCGACUGGGUAAAUGGUGUAGUAUGUCUGCCUGCAGGACGACGCAUCAUCACGAGUUCAAGCGACGGGUCACUUCGACUAUGGGACCUAGAAAGUGGCGCACAGAUAGGAGAGGACUGGAAAGAUGAGGGGAGAAGGCAAUAAUGUGGGAAUAGCAUUGUCUCCAAACGGUAACAUUAUUGGAAAUGGAAGUGAUGAUGGGAAAGUGAGGUUGUGGGACGUCGAAACGGGCAAGGUCAUUGCCAAAUGGACAGGACACAUGCGUGUGUGGUCAGUGUGCUGGAGUGCAGAUGGUGAACGAGUGGCGUGCGCAUCUAGCCUGGAAGGCGGGACGGUGAGAGUGUGGGAUAUCGAGAGCAGAAGAACGGUCCUGACAAUCAAGACCGGACACGAGUCUGUGUGGCAGGUGAUCAACUCGCCCGACUCAACAAUAAUUGCGACGGGCGGCUACAACGAGAAUUCAGUAAAAAUCUGGGAUGCUAUGACAGGCGAGUUGCUCGACACACUCAAACACGAUGAAGAAGUUAUCAGGUUGGCAUGGACGUCGGAUAACAAGAAACUUAUCUCCAGUUCAUUGGGUGGCUCAAUUAGGAUCUUUGAUACAACCAGUUGGGAGCAGAUCGCCAUUCUUGAGGGUCACUCAUACUCGGUCAUCAGCAUUUCUUUGUUUCGGAACAACUGCCUCCUUGCGAGCGCAUCUGAGGAUAACACAGCACGGCUGUGGAAUCUCGACACGAACCUCCCAGUUGGACCACCCCUCCCCCACAAAAAUCAUGCGAGAUGUGCAGCCUUUUCCGUUGACGGAACACGGCUAGUCACUGGUAGUGAUGACGGAAAUGCGUACGUGUGGGACAUCUAUGCGAUCCUAAAAGAAGCUGGCCUGGAAGAACUACUAUCUAUUCCCGAUGUCCCAGUUGGAAAGUCGUCAAAGAACACUGAUGCUACGCAACGUCCAGCUCAACUCAAGGAUGCUCGUCGACUACCGCCAGGCUUUUUCGAUAGUGUGCGAGACGGUAUUCACUCCUCCGCAACGCGCAAUACCCAUCCCCGUUCCUCUACCGGCCACGCUCUCACUCUGUCAUCCUCUUCGGCGAAUCCACACACGCUCUUCGGUCGCCUUUUGUCGCUCUUCCGCCACUCUCACUCCAAUACUGGUGAAGCAACCGAACUCCAGCAACGCCCCGCACGCACUCUCUUUUCUCCUCGUGGUCGUCAUGUUGUUGAUAUUUCUGCAGUACGAGACAAACGGGCAUUGGUUGUUGCUCCGCGUCGUGACCAGGCGAAACGACCACAGCAGCAGCAAAGCAAAUCACAAGGCCGAGCCCAGGCGUCGUCAUCGCAAUCUCAGCCUGUUGUCGCCUCGACAUCCGCAACAUCUCAUACUCCAGAUUCGAGUACUACCACGCCUGGCCCGACAGGCACGCAGUCACGACCCGUCCCAUUGUGGGCCCGUUUCGUGUUGUUUCUGUGCUGCGCAUCUCCUCCGCACACGAAUGGUCAUUAAUGCAGGCGCACAUCUAGUAUUUCAUCUUUGCCUUAGUUCCGUUUUAUUGAUACCUCAUUGUCAAUGUCUUUCCCUCGUUGUCAAUAAGUAUACAACAUAUUCCUUCAAGUUCAAAAAAAACAUGUAUCCUACAUAGCAACAUACAGUCAAGCAUCCCCUCAUGUCGUCCCAACGCAAACAGCUAGUGCCACCUCUUUGAUAACGAUG